AUGUACGGAAGCAGCCAAUUCGAUGGAAGCGCAGCUGCCUUCAUGGGCGGCGGAUUCAUGCCUACUCAAACCGCUCAGCCUCCUUCUGAUUCCUCCUCCUUCUCUAUAUCCAAAAAUCGGGAGGCGCGGUGCUUGUUUCCGCUGACUGUGAAGCAGAUAAACAGCCUAGCAAGUAAUGAUGAAUCUAAUUUCAUCAUUGAUGGUGCUGAAGUUAACAAUGUCACAAUUGUGGGGAGGGUAUCCCACAAGGAAGACAAGACCAGCGAAUACACUUUUUUAGUUGAUGAUGGAACUGGACAGAUUGAAUGUACCAAAUGGCCUGUUACUGACUUCAAUGAGAUUCCAAGCCACUUCAUUGAGUGCAUAUAUGUCCACUUCUACAAUACCAGGUUACGGGGUGUCACUACUCAGCCCCCAGUGGCAAAUUCAACAAGUACCCCUUUGAAGGGAUACCAAGCUGCUCCGCCAUAUCAAUCGUCUGCCUAUUCCAGUGCCAGUGGACUGAACAAUGCUAGUCAGAUGAUAUUAAAUUUUUUGCAGCAACCUGUGUAUCUGGAAGAACUACAGAUGCUUGUUGACAAUGGCCUCGUUUAUACAACGAUUAAUGAUGAUUACUAUAAGUCUACAGUUAAUGCUUGA